AUGAAUGAAAUCAGAAAUACAGCUACCAACCUGAUGGACAAGCAGUUGGGUCGAAACCCUGUUUCGGAGACAUACGGCCAGCCUGUCCAAGAUCCAUCAGGCGCAACUAUGAAAGCUGUUGUCUUCGAUGGCUCAAGAAAUGUGAAGAUCGAUGAAGUUCCUAAACCGACAAUCACUCACCCGAAGGAUGUAAUUGUUAAAACGACAGCCUGUACCAUUUGCUCAGGCUCUGAUUCCCAUAUGUUUUCUGGAGAAAUUCCAGGUAGAAACAAAGGUUCUGUUCUUGGACACGAAUCUUGUGGUAUUGUAGUUGAACGUGGUUCAGAAGUCAAGGAUCUAUUCGUAGGCGAGAGAGUAGUCAUCGCUUUCGAUAUUGCCUGUGGAUCCUGCUCCUUCUGUAAACGACGUGAGUUUACUGGUUGCGAUACUACAAAUGACACUAAACUUAUGGAUGUUAACUAUGGUGCACACCAUUCGGCAAUCUUUGGCUAUACCAAGAUGCUGGGAGACGUCCCAGGCUGCCAAGCCGAGUACAUUCGUGUUCCGUUCGGUGAUGUUAACUGCUACAAACUUCCCGAAGAUAUUCCCGAUAUUAAAGGUCUGUAUAUGUCGGAUGUACUCUGUACUUCCUUGCACGCAUGCGAGCUCGGCAGUGUACAGAAAGGAAACACUGUUGCCAUUUGGGGUAUGGGUCCCAUUGGUUUGUUUGCAGGCCGCUGGGCUCAAAUCUUAGGUGCUAAACGUGUCAUUGGCAUUGAAGUUAUUCCUGACCGCAUUAAGAUUGCCAGAAAUCGUUUUGGAUUUGAAGUCAUCGAUAGAAAUGAAGUGAAAGAUAUUCCCAAGAAAAUUCUCGAGUUGAUUCCUGAUGGUCCAGAUGUUGCCAUUGAUGCCACCGGUUUCCGAUUCACUACUACAAUGCUUCAAAAAAUAGAACGUGCUGUCGGUUUGGAGACGGAUUCAGCUGAUGUAAUAUUUGAAUGUUUCCAAAGUGUUCGAAAAUAUGGUCAUGUCGCCCUCAUUGCAGACUAUGUAGGAACGAGCAAUCAAUUUCCUGUUGGACAUAUCAUGAUGAAACAUUUGACAGUUCGUUCAGGCCAAUGCCCAUGUCAGAAUUAUUUUGACAGAGUAGUAAAGGCUAUAAGGUCUGGAGAGAUUGAUCCAGAAUGGAUGAUCACUAACAAGGUCAAGUUUGAUGAUCUACCUGAUGCUUAUGAGAAGUUGUUUUACAAGCAAGAUGGAUACCUUAAGGUUUUCUGUCAAAUGUAA